UCAAAGCAUCAAAAGAAAAAGAGAAAAAGAUAUAUACAUCGAAGAAGGAAGCUUACGAUAUCAUCUACUUGUCUUCAUCUGUCAAUUCUUGAGAAAAGGAGAGUAAGAUAAAUUGAAAAAGAAAGAGAGAGACAUUUUUAAGAACAUUAUGAGAUAAAAUUAAUACUCGCGCACUCUCUUACGGUUGAUAAUCAAAAGAGAGAAAAGACUUUAAAUUGGAUUAAAAAGUAAGGAAUAAAGAGAGAGAAAGAGAGAGAGAUUAAAUAAAGUAAUAAAGAUAGCAUUUGAUAUCUUACUACUUGGUAAUGAACGAUUUAGAAAAGAAAAAAAACGUAACAAUGAGUGAUGCCAAGGAGGAAAAAGAGAUGAUCGGGGAAAAUCAAGUGAUGAAGGAUAACGGGGAAAAGGGGUCGAAGUUUAUCGACGAAUUUUCCGAUAAAUUAGAAAGUGAGAAUGAUAAUGAGUCGAUAUCUAGGAUAAACGAACGUAGCAAAUCAAUGUUGAGUGAAUCAAAAGAAGAAUCAACAGCUAAAUACAGGGAUGUGUUAUCGGGUACUAGUGUAAAUCCUACAAGAAGAUCUAGCAUAGCUAGCGCAGCCAUUUGUUCGAGUUUGGUACCGAGUUUGGCUGGUGCGUUUCCAGGUGUGCCGAGUAAUUUUUUACCAAGGGCUCGAGAAACCAGUUCGUUUGGUUUAAAAAGAAGUGUUACUCUCUCCAAUUUGUCAUUCGUCAAUGAUAAUACAUUAGAAAUUAUCGACAAGAAAAACGAGGAAGAGAAGGAUGAUUGGAUUAACAAGGAAAGAGAUCGGAAUGAUGAUGGAAAUGAUGACUUUGCAUCGGACUGACUCGAUGGUAUCGCUUUGUUAUCGAACGCUUGCCAGCUACAUCACGGAUGACAAUCUCGCUGGUUUGCAAAGUUUUCUUGAAAAUAGAAGAACACAGGUUGAUGAUCGAGAUGAGAACGGUAGCACAGCACUCAUCCUUGCAGCAGCAAAAGGAAAGAUCCAAUUUCUUCGGGAACUCAUCAAUUAUGGCGCGGACGUUAAUACAGAAGACGCGGACAAUUGGACGGCAUUACUUUGCGCAGCUAAGGAGGGUUAUACCGAGAUCUGUUCCGAAUUAUUGGAUCAUGGCGCCAAUUUGGAACAUCGUGACAUGGGAGGAUGGACACCACUUAUGUGGGCAACUUAUAAAGGUAGAUCGGAUACGGUGAAGUUAUUAAUAGCACGUGGUGCUGAUGUCAAUGCUCAUGGAAACUUUCACAUAUCCUCCUUGCUGUGGGCAGCUGGUAGAGGAUAUGCCGAAAUAGUUAAAGAUUUAAUUAGUCAUGGUGCUAAAGUCAACGUCGGUGAUAAGUAUGGUACUACGGCUUUAGUAUGGGGUUCCAGAAAAGGAAACAUAGAGAUAGUCGACACAUUGUUAAAAGCUGGUGCUAAUGUCGAUACGGCUGGCAUGUAUUCAUGGACAGCUCUUCUUGUGGCGACACUUGGUAAUCAUAUAGACGUAGUUCUAUUACUUUUGGAACAUAAACCGAAUGUAAAUGCUCUUGACAAAGAUGGAUGUACGGCCUUGGCGAUAGCUUGUCGAGAGGGUCAUCACGAAAUAGCUAAUGCGCUUUUAAAUGCUGGAGCUUAUGUCAAUAUUCAAGAUAGAUCUGCUGAUACUAAUUUGAUACAUGCUGUUAAGGGUGGGCACAGAGGUGUCGUUGAAUCACUUCUUAAAAAAUAUGCUGAUGUUGAUGUACCUGGCAAGGAUAAAAAGACUGCAACUUACAUAGCUGUAGAAAAGGGUAAUAUAGCAGUACUAAAAUUAUUACUAACCGCUAAUCCAGAUCUAGAAAUUGCAACAAAAGACGGUGAUACGCCAUUACUACGAGCAGUAAGAUCGCGGUACGCCGAAAUAGUACAAUUAUUAUUAGACAAGAAAGCUAAAGUUUCCGCAACCGAUAAAAAAGGGGAUACUGUGUUACACAUUGCUAUGCGUGCAAGAUCUAAAGGCAUAGUUGAGAUAUUGCUGAGGAAUCCAAAAAAUAGUCAAUUGUUGUAUCGGCCGAAUCGUCAAGGAGAGACGCCGUAUAAUAUAGAUAUUAAUAAUCCUAAGGCUAUUCUAGGACAAAUAUUUGGUGCUCGUCGACUUAACACUAACGAGGAUAAUGAAAAUAUGUUAGGAUAUGAUUUAUACAGUAGCGCGUUAGCAGAUAUACUGAGUGAACCUUCACUUUCAACGCCAAUUACUGUUGGUCUUUAUGCCAAAUGGGGUUCCGGGAAAUCAUUUUUAUUAAAUAAAUUAAGAGAGGAAAUGAAAAAUUUUGCACGACAGUGGAUCGAUCCAGUAUUCCAAUUUUCUACUUUAUUGUUCAUAGUAGUUACUCACAUGUCAUUAUUAGUUGGUGUUACAACUGGUCUUCUUGUACAAUCGUGGAUUAUUGGUCUUGCGUGUGGAAUAAGUCUUAUUUUUAUUGUUUAUCUUUUCUUGGUGCUCGUUUGGUAUGCCAAUCAAAGAUAUGAUUGGUAUUGGCCAUCGAAUUUUACAGUAGCACUUACAACAAAAUUAAACUCGCUGAAGCUACUGUUGCAAAUAAUAUUUUGUCAUCCACCUGGCGGAAGUGUUCACGACGAUAUUACCGUACAGCCCAUUAAAUUUUACUUCACUGAUCAAACUAGAGUCGGUACAACGGCUGCUGGUGAGAAUGCGGUUGUGCAAAUGGUUGGAUCUCUUUAUGAUUCGAUAGAAAGUGAUUUUGGUUCUUUGUCUACGAGAUUAUACCGAGCUUUUAGACCUAAAUUCGAUAAGUCUACCACUACUUGGAAAUGGAGACAUCUUUGUUGUUUACCAUACGUUGUUAUAUUUGAAUUCUGCUUCUGCAGUUUACUUAUUGGUAUAUCAGUACUUACAGUCUACCUCAUAGAUUUAUCUAGUGAUGUACCAACUAUUGAGAAGUUUACAGCGCACAUCAUUAUGAUAACUGUUGGCUUAGUAUUAACUAUCAGUAUUAUAGCAAAUUUAUACACAUGGAAUCAGACAUUAAAAGCGCUUGUGUUCUCGCAGAGAAGACAUCUGCAACAUAGUAUAUCCAAAUUAGAAACAUUAAAAAGCGAAGGUUUUAUACAAACAUUAAGAAGUGAAGUUAAUCUAAUGACUGAAAUGGUAAAAUGCUUAGAUAGCUUCAUGUCUCAACAAAGUAGGCUAGUUUUAAUAGUAGAUGGCCUAGAUAGUUGUGAACAAGAUAAAGUUCUACUUGUUCUAGAUGCUAUACAGGCUCUGUUUAGCGAUAAUGGAUACCCAUUUGUGGUGAUCUUAGCCAUUGAUCCACAUAUUAUUUCUAAGGCAGUCGAAGUAAACAGUAGAAGAUUAUUUACCGAGUCCAAUAUCGGUGGGCACGAUUAUUUAAGAAAUAUGGUUCAUCUUCCAUUUUAUUUACAAAACAGCGGGUUACGUAAAGUUAAUAUUGCACAACAAACAGCAAUGCAUACUAAAAAGACAACUUGGUCGGAAGCUGAGGAGAGUGUUAAUUUUGCUGCUAGCAGUACAAUGCAUCACUCUGUUUCCAAUAGAAGAUUAAGUACUGAAUCUGCUGUUAUGAAUAGCAAUGAAAAAUUAAAACCGCAGAGUAGAAAGGGCAACAGAAAAUUACGGAUGAGCGAAUCCAUUGCUAGCAGUAUUGGUAGUAAUCUAAAUCGAUUAGGUGGCGCACAAGAUCUCAAUAAAAUGCUUCUCACUGAUGAUUACUUUAGCGAUGUGAAUCCACGCAGUAUGAGAAGAUUAAUGAACGUUGUUUAUGUCACUGGGAGAUUAUUGAAAGCAUUCCAGAUUGAUUUUAAUUGGUAUCAUCUAGCCAGUUGGAUCAACAUUACAGAGCAAUGGCCUUUUAGAACAUCUUGGUUAAUAUUACAUUAUGAUAUGUGUGAGGAUUCUUUGGAUGAUUCCAUGUCUUUGAAAAGUCUUUAUGAUAAAGUGCGUCCACAAAUACCGGUGCUAAAGGAUGCUCAACCACUUCUCGAGAUGGACAGAGAUGAACGCAAGCUAGACGUUUUUCUAACUUUCCACAGGUCUAGUUUACACAUCAGCGACAUGAAAAUAUUUUUACCAUUUACUAUCAAUCUUGAUCCUUAUAUAAAGAAGAAAAUAAAAGAAGAACAGCAAGGAUUAGAUGAAGAAAUGAAUGUGUCUCAUCACAAACAAGUCACACCGUGGUCUCAACAAAGCAAUAUUUACAAUUCAAGCAAUAUAAACAAAACUGUAGCUACUAAUCGUAGUGCUAAACUUAACAAAACAUCAAGCUUACAGGGACAACAAUGUAUUCAACCUGGACCAUCGUGGGCUUUUCAACCAAGUUUCGAUUGGUCUGCUUCACCUUGGGCACAUAUGCCACCUGCUGAACCUGCGCCAAGAUCACUUUCUGCAACUACUACGUUACCACCAGAAAUUCUUGAAAUGAAAUUGUCCAUUAUGGGUGUGAGCGAUGUCUGCGAUCUUCUUGACCGAAUCGAAGGUUUUAAUAUUAAUCAUUCACCCCAAUAUAAGAUUGUAAUGAGGGACAAUAAUAUUAAUGGAAGAGUUUUGCUUCAUUGCGAUUUGCAAGAACUAAAAAAGGUCCUAAAAAUGUCGUUUGGCGAUUGGGAAUUAUUUCGUAUGAUAAUCGUAUCGCUCAGAGAAUUGGAACUAACAUCAUUCAGCAAUCAAGAUGAAACUUCACGAAGUGUACGAUUUACUGUAGGACUCGAGCCCAUUGCACGGAAAGAACACACUUUACAAACUAGUUCCGCUCGCGUAUCUGCCCAUACUGAAAAAGAAAAGGGAAUAUCCAGAACAGAUGCACCACCUCGACGAGAUCAAGCUAAACAAUCAAUUAUGGAAAAACAGUAUCAGGUAACUUUGGAAGAACAAAUGAUAUGUGGCGCUUUACAAACCUUGAAUGAAGAAGCGUGCGAAGAUGUAUUGGAUCUUCCAAAUCCAGCAACGGCGCCAACAGACUCACUUUCAGGACUAGUUGCUUCUUCAACUCCGGAUAUGGAUUACGUUCUACUACAAACCAAUCCACUUUUUCAUUGGGUACCGGUUAAUGAAAAGGAAAGUUCUGAUGAUAGUUCGUGCGACUCAACGAUACAUCUACAUCGUGCUAAUUCUCAACAUAGCAUAGCUUCCCAACGAAGUACAAGAUCAACUUGUUCUCACAAUCGUAGUAGAAGUCUAAGAAGAAAUGGAAGUCAUUCCAAAAGCAGACCAUCCUCUCUUUUCGUUUCUCCUCCCCCUUCACCUCUACCUGCCUUUAGAUCUAAAUCCACAGACGAAUACUACAUGGGAAAUACUAUACCUUUAAAACCAACAUCUUCUAUAGCUUCUUCAACGAAGAAAAGACGUUCUGUAUCAACGCUUUGCGACGAUACAAUACUAACGAUAUGUGGUUCACCGGCAGUGUCAAUUUCUGUUCCGCAUUCUAGUUUGGAAAAAUUAUCUAAAUUAAAAGACCGUUUGAUUGGAACAACUUCGACGACAUCUACAGCUGCCGACAGUGACGACGAAUCUACACCUUUGGUAUCAGAAUUAUCAACACCAACGCAUUCUCAAUCUGACAGUGUCUUUAGAAAUGAAUUCAGUCCAGAUAACACUAGCGAUAUUUCAGCUGAUUCGAAUAAAGGUCUAUCACACGGUGGCGAACGAUUAGCUAUGAAACAGAUUAUUAACGAUAUAGAUUAAUAAAAUACGUUAAAGUAGAAUGAAUUAAGACAGGAUAAAGAUAAUAAAUUUUGAUAGAUAACUAAAAUAUUUCCAUAAACUUUUAUCAUGGGCAAUCCUCUCUUAUGAAGCUCUAUUUUGAUUAGUUUUAUGUCCUCGAAGAGAAUCAGAUCGAGUGAUUUAAACAAAAAAUAAAAUAAAAAAGGAAUAUCUACUUAAACCUAGUUAGUUUUACAAGUUUGAAUUGACCAGAUUUAUAAAUUUUAGAAUCUUGAUAUUUAAUAGUCUAUUAGAGUAUAAUAUGACUAUUAUAAAUAUAAAAAAUACUUUUUCGCACGUGCACGUUUAUAAAUAGAAAUACUUAAUCAGAUAUUAAUUGUAAACGUUUCCAUUGCAGCAUUCAUUUGAAUAUUAGGUUUGAGAGAAUUAAUAGUGUAAAUAUCUGAUAAGCUACAAAAACAAACAGUUCAAACGUGUAUGAAUCUUUUUAUAAUUAGACAUAGAAACUAAAUUUAUCGUCUCAUUAUUUAUAUAUCAUAGAAAAAAUAAGUGUUGUUAAUUAACUAAUAAUCUUGAUUAUAAUGAAGUGACCUACUCUGCAGUAUAUAAUAGCUAGCUUCACAUAUACGGAAUUGAUAUAUACAUAUAUAUAUUUAA